AUGAGAGAUCCAAAGCCACCAAAUGGUCACGAAAAGGGUGCGAUCGAGCUGAAGGAAGAAAAAAAGAAACCAUCCACGCUGCGGGACAAGUAUCUUUACUUUAAGCGCAACAUAACCGUCGAGCCCAUGCUGGCAUGUUAUAUCAUGCCGAGCGUGCUGGCUGGGCUAGCAACUCAAAAUCUAAACCUGGAGAAGGCUUGCCGGGUGAAUCUGGCGUAUGGAGACGAGAUCUGUGAUGCCCUUACACGCCGUGACACGGCCAACUAUACGCACGAGGAAGAGAUGGUGCAGCAUCUCGUAGCCCGGAUGGCCGGCUGGAAGACGGUUUUGCAGAGCGCCCUGCCCUGCAUGCUCAUACUGUUCUGGGGUUCGUGGAGCGAUCGUCACGGUCGCCGGAAACCGUGCAUGCUGAUACCGAUCAUCGGUGAGUUUAUGACGGCGAUCGGGCUGAUUCUGUGCACGUACUUCGAGUCGGUACCGAUGGAGGUGGCCGGUAUCACCGAGGCGCUAUUUCCUGCCCUGACCGGUGGCUGGUUUACGAUGUUUAUGGGCGUCUUCAGCUACAUCGCAGACGUGACCACGGUUGAGGAGCGCACGCUGCGCAUCGGCAUCGUGAACCUGUGCUUCUCGCUCGGUGUCCCCAUCGGAAUGGCCUUCAGUGGGAUCCUUUUAAAACAAAUCGGAUUCUACGGUGUGUUUUCCAUCUCGGCCAGCCUGUACCUGCUCGCAUUCUUCUACGGCGCAUUCGUCGUGAAGGAGGUGAACAUUAUCAACGAGAAGGAGCGACUGCUGGCGAAGGAACGGGGGCUGCUGGCCGACUUUUUCGAUCGCGAGCACGUGCUGGAGACGUUCCGGGUGGCGUUCAAAGUCGGCGCACGACAGCGCCGGCUGCGCGUGAUAAUGCUCAUGAUCGUGGUCAUGGUUGUGAUCGGCCCGUUGCACGGAGAAAUGGCGGUAAUUUAUCUCUUCACACGCUACCGCUUCAACUGGAGUGAGGUGGAGUUUAGCUUCUUCUCCACGUACGGCAUGCUGACGGGACUGAUUGGCACCGUGUUCUCUGUAGGUGUGUUUUCGCAUCUGCUUAAAAUAGACGACGCACUGAUUGGCGUUAUGUCCUGCAUGUCCAAGAUACUGUCCAGCUUUGUGUAUGCAUUCGCCGUCACUACUUGGCAGUUGUAUCUAGGGCCGGUCAUUGAAAUGUUGAACGGUACCUCCUUCAUAUCGAUGCGAUCGAUCGCCUCGAAGCUUGUCGCUAGCGACGAGCUGGGCAAGGUAAACUCACUGUUCGGCGUCGCCGAAGCCCUGAUGCCGCUCGUUUACGCCCCAAUGUAUACUACCGUGUACUCACUGACGAUCAACGUGCUGCCCGGUGCAUUUUUCCUGCUCGGCGGUGCUCUUACUGCGCCGGCUGUUGUGAUUUUCUUGUGGAUGUAUGGCGUGCACAAGCGCGAAGCUCGUGAGCUUGCGGAAGAAAAGCGCGACGAGCAAGACAAGUACCUCCAAUUGGGCGAAAGUGGCGAGAUCAACGGUGGCCGUAUGAUCGCGAAAGAGAAGCCGGCUGCCUUUGUGGUCGACGUUGUGAACGCUGCCUUCGAGGACGAUAACAUGACAACACCAGCAGCCCUGGUACACUGCAAACUGUGAUAUAUAACGGAUGGCGCAUUCGGUAGAUUAGGAUGA